AUGAACCCUCUAGAGUUCUAUGGAUCCAAAUUGGGAGAAGAUCCAAACGGGUUUAUAGAGGAGGUUUAUAAGGUGCUUGAAAUCAUAGAGGUGUCUUCUAUUAAGAAAGCGGAACUAGCCGCCUAUCAAUUGAAGAACGUUGCCCAAAUUUGGUAUGAGCAAUGGAAAGAUAGUAGGCCGAUAAGAGCGGGCCCUAUAGAAUGGCAAGCUUUUAAGUUUGCAUUUCUAGAUAGGUUCUUUCCCCGGGAAUUGAGGGAAGCCAAAUUUGGAGAAUUCAUCAACCUCAAGCAAGGUAGAAUGAGUGUAAAGGAAUACUCUUUGAAAUUCACCCUUUUCUCUAAGUAUGCUCCAAGCUUGGUAGCUAAUCCUAGGGAUUUGAUGAAUAGGUUUAUGAUGGGGGUGUUCGAGUUGGUAGAAGAAGAAUGUCGUACAGCAAUGCUUGUUGAUGAUAUGGAUAUCUCAUGCCUUAUGGUGUUUGCCCAACAAAUAGAAGAGUCAAAGCUCAAGAAGAUGAAUAGGGAGGUAAAUAGGGCUAGGACAAAUGAAGGGAACUUUUCUAAUGUUAAGUCCGAGGGACAAGAUAGGCCUAGGACUAAACCAAGAUAUUCCGGCCAAGAUUCUUCCAACACCUCUAGGUUUGACAAAGAGAAGGGUAGUAGAUCUCCAUUUCCCACGCCUACUUGCUCCAAGUGUGGGGGAUUCAUUAUGGAUGGGCACAAAGUAAGAGAUUUCCCGGUUCUUAAUGCUAAGGGAAGGGAGGAUAAGAAAGUUGCCUCUAGUGAUCCGUAA